CCGUGAGAGCUCGCUGCAGCAUCCAUCACUCCUCCGCAUCCGGCUAGCUUCUCUACCAGGAAACAUUCGUGAUGGCGCGGACAGAACCGGUACCGAGAUCCCUGCUGCUGGCCUGGCUGUUUGUCGGUGUCCUGUGGACCGGUGUCCAGCGUGUGAACGGCGACGAGGACCAGAAUCAGGACACGGACUGUAAGAUGAAGAGCGUGACCGUGUCUGCGCUGCCUUUCCUGCGUGAGAACGACCUGAGCAUCAUGCACAGUCCUUCCGCCUCCGAAGCCAAGCUUCUCUUCUCCGUCACCAACGACUUCCCUGGGAAUGUCGUCGUGGUGGACGACCUGGAAAACACCGAACUCCCCUUCUUCGUCCUCGAGAUUUCUGGGAACUCGGAGGACAUACCUUUGGUGCGAUGGAGGCAGCAGUGGCUAGAGAACGGUACUCUGCUCUUUCAUAUUCACCAUCAGGAUGGCAGCGUCAACCUUCCAGAACCAACUGACGAUCCAGCAAACAGUUCUGCCAAGGAGGAGAUCCGCAUCCUGCAUAUCUCCGUCAUGGGUGGGAUGAUUGCCCUCCUGCUAUCCAUCCUUUGCCUGGUCCUGAUCCUUUACACUCGCCGACGCUGGUGUAAGCGCCGCCGCAUCCCUCAGCCUCAGAAGAGUGCUAGUGCCGAAGCAGCUAAUGAGAUCCAUUACAUUCCCUCCGUGCUGAUGGGAGGCCAGGCCCGAGAGAGCUUGAGGAACUCCCGGGGUCAGGGUCCAAAUUCCAGCGGGACUCUCAGCAUCCGAGAGACGCCAAUUCUGGAUGGGUACGAGUAUGACAUCACAGACCUUCGCCACCAUCUGCAACGAGAGUGCAUGAAUGGAGGCGAGGAAUUUGCCAGUCAAGUCAGCCGAACCCUGGACUCCCUGCAGGGCUGCAAUGACAAGAAUAAUAUGGAUCUCACUCCUGUGAUUGACAACACCAAGUUGGCCCUGAUGAACAAAUACAAAGACAACAUCAUUGCCACGAGUCCGAUUGACAGUAACCACCAGCAGAACACCUUGCUUCCCCACAACACCUCCACCAGCCAGCGCAAACGUCUCUCCAGCAACACUCGCGCGGGUUCAACCUUCUUGAACCCAGACGGAGACUCUGGCACCGAGGCCGACAGCGAGCCUCAGCUGGCCUUUUACACUGACCCGAACCGCAGUCGCCGCCGGAGUCGAGGUAUGAGAAACGGUAACGCCAACAGCGCAUGGGGCUCAGGGGUAGCAGGUUCCCCACGGAGCCCCAUCAGUAAAACCACACUGACUCUAAUCAGUGUGAUCAGCUGUGUGAUCAGCCUAGUUUACUGCUCUCACCUGUCCUGCAGCCUGUCAGUACGUGUCAUCCUACACGUGCCAGAGCACCUCAUCGCUGACGGGUCAAGGUUCAUUUUGCUCCAGGGAAGCCAAUUGGAUGCCUCUGACUGGCUGAACCCAGCACAGAUCUUACUGUACCACCAACAGAACGCAAGCGGACCGUGGGUGAAGGAACUGUGUGGACGACGCCUGCUGGACCCCUGUGAGCACCAGUGUGACCAAGAGACAGGAGAAUGCCUUUGCCUCAAUGGAUACAUGAAGGACCCGGUCCACCAGCACCUUUGCAUCCGGAGUGAGUGGGGGCCCAAUCAGGGUCCUUGGCCUUACACCAUCUUCCAGCGUGGUUUUGAUCUUGUGAUGGGAGAGCAACCCUCUGAUCGCAUUUUCAGAUUCACAUACACGUUAGGAGAAGGGAUGUGGCUGCCUUUGAGUAAAAGCUUUGUCAUCCCCCCAGCAGAGCUGGCCAUCAACCCUUCUGCCAAAUGCAAGACUGACAUGACCGUCAUGGAGGAUGCCGUGGAUGUGCGAGAAGAAUUGAUGAUCAGUUCGUCCUUUGACUCUUUGGAGGUGCUUUUGGAUUCCUUUGGACCUGUCAGAGACUGUACUAAAGACAACGGAGGUUGUAGCCGCAAUUUCCGCUGCAUCUCUGAUAGAAAGCUGGACUCCACAGGAUGUGUGUGCCCCCCAGGGUUGAGUCCCAUGAAGGAUGGCAGUGGGUGUUACGAUCACCACAUUGGCAUCGAUUGCUCUGACGGCUUCAAUGGAGGUUGUGAGCAGCUGUGUCUCCAGCAGCUGGCUCCUUUGGAGGAUGACCCAACCCUUUAUAACAUCCAGAUGUUCUGUGGAUGUAUUGAGGAUUACAAGCGGGGGCCAGACGGUAGAUCUUGUCUGCCAUUAUCUGAGUCCUGCACAGAGGGGAUCGACUGUGGGGAGGCUGCAGACAUUCCGGCAAACCAGACGGUGUUUGGAGACCUCUUCUACGGCUACAACAACCAUACCAAAGAAAGCACCUCUGGACAAAUCCUCAAGGCCACGUUCAGACAGAAGAACUUUGCUCGAAGCAUUGAGCAGCAACUCCCAGAUGGCAUGGUGGUGGCGUCUGUGCCAACAGAGGUGGAGUGUCAUGAGGAACUUUUGGACCCUGUGCCAGAUCCUGAAUACCUCACAGGCAUGGUGAACUACAGCGAGGUGUCUGGCUACCCUCUUGUACAACGCUGGAGUCUUCGCUCCGUGCUUUACCAUGUUAAACUCAAUCAGUGGGUCUUAUCUCAAGCCUUUAGUGCAGCCAUCCAUUCCCUCGAUGGGGCAACACAGCGGAGCGACUUUGAAGUCAUCCUGAAGGAGUUUGGGAACCACUACGUACAGGAGGCCAUGUACGGAUUCCAAGAGUCCUGUACCAUUUGGUACCCCAACAAACAGGUUCAGAGACAACUGUGGCUAGAAUACCAGGACAUCAGUAAAGGUAACUCACCUUCUGAGGAAUCAGAGGAGCAUGACAAAGAGCCCAGAACUUUGACCUAUCCAGCGUACAUUGCCAGUCUGCUGGACACAGGAGCCAAACGGAUGGCAGCAGGAGUCCGGAUGGACUGCACCAGCCAGGGUCAGUGUCCUCGUUCCUGCCAUCUCUGCCACAUGAGCCCAAGGGCGACCCAAGGUCGACAGCAGUCCGAGCCUGUCCUCUUGCAAAUCACCAAGGCGGCACCCAUCUAUGAGUUGGUGUCCAACAACGAGACUUACCAGGCCCUCCAGGAGGCAAUGAUGAGCAUGUUGUGGUGUUCGGGGAAGGGUAAUGUCAUUGAUGACUGGUGUCGGUGUGACUCCAGUGCCUUUGGUGCCGACGGACUUCCUACUUGUGCACCUCUUCCUCAACCAAUACUGAAACUGUCUUACACCUAUGAGCCCAGCAGUUCAUUGGUCAUCAUGGAAUGGAACCACACAGAGCCACCAAUUGGUGUCCGGAUCAUUGAUUAUCUCCUCAGCCAGGAGAAGGUGACAGAGAGAACGGACCACUCCAAAGUUGAGACAGAAUCACUUUUGAGCUUCGUGGAUGACAUCUGGUCUGGUGCCAGGUCUCCAUGCGUGAUGUUAGGAGACAUUCCCAACCUCCUGUCCUCUUCUGUCAGCAUGAUCGUUCGCUGCCUGGAGCCUGACACCACAUAUAUGUUUCGGCUGUGGGCAGUAGACAACACUGGACGCCGCUCCACUCCAAGUGAGGUCACCAUCAAAACUCCAUGCCCGACUGUGGAUGAUGUCAAGGCACAAGAAAUAGCCGAUAAAAUUUACAACCUGUUCAAUGGCUACACCAGUGGGAAGGAGCAGCAGACGGCGUACAACACUCUGAUGGACUUGGGCGCCCCAACACUGCAUCGGGUGCUCUACCACUACAAUCAGCGUUACGAGAGCUUUGGAGAGUUCACCUGGAGGUGUGAGGAUGAACUAGGACCAAGGAAGGCUGGCCUCAUCCUCUCCCAGCUAAAUGAACUGUCCCCGUGGUGUAAAGGUCUUCUCCAGGAGCCCAAGAUCGGCCUUCGCAGGAUGUCUCUCAAGUUCCUUUCUUGUCGCUACACUGACACCAAGACCUUUGGGAUAAACUGGGCUGACAUGGGCCAGGACGUACACAAAGCUUGUGAUGAGCAGAUGCUCACUGUCAUGUACAACGACUACGGUGAGCCUAAGGAGUUCUGAUGGGAUUUCACCCAGAAUAUUAUGGUAUAGUACAGCAAAGUCAAUGUUUCUUACCUUGGUGUCACUGAUUGGAACCUUGCAGCUUUAUUUGUCUUGACUGUGCUUUUCUAAAUAGAGGCCAUUUAUAUACUUGUUUUACAGCUAAGUACAACACUUCUUCAUGUAUUUGAUGUAGCCGUGCCAUUGACACGAAUGUGAUGUCCAUGACUUGUUGUAUGCUUUCUCAAGUGCUUCACCAUUACCCUAUCAAGGUGUUAUACUUGUAUGAGUAUACAGACAACACUACAUCAUGCACAAUAUAUAGUAGACAAAAAACAAGUAAAGUCAUCAUUUUCCAGCGGGCUGUCCUGAGCAAGCUUUCUUCAACAAUGAAGAAUUAUUGGGGCUCUUUAGUGGUUAAAUAAUGAAAUAUUUGGCAUGCUCUUGGAAUAACAAUGAAUGAUUUUAAUACCUUCAUGACACCCAUGAUGCUCUCACUGGCCUCCAUUUAGCGUCAAACCUGCAUGGAUGCGCUGACAUGAGUGCAACGCUUGUUAGGUGGUGUUAUGCUGAAAAAUGCGGGGAAACAGUGGGGAAAAAUAAGUAGCAUUAGAUGGAGUGAAAUAAGUAUUUGAUCCCAAUAAAAAGGUGCUUUAGUAGUUGGUGGAGAAAGCCUGGAUGGCAAGCACAGAGGUCAGAUGUUUGGUUGCACACAACUCAGGAGAAAUUUGGGCCAGAGAAACAUCCCCACCUCCAUUUUGGUGUCAUAUAAGCACAUCACAUUUCUCCCAAGGCUUGUGUGAAUUAUCAUUACAACAAAGUGUCUUACUAAUGCUUGUCUUGCUGACCGUGCUCCCAACUCCCUUGACGUAAUCAACCAGCUCCUCCCUCAUCAUUCUGGCCUGCUCCCUCACCUUUUCUCACAAUCAUCCUUACCCCACCAGGUGAAAUCUUGCAUGGCGCUCCAGAGCCAGGGUGACUGAGGCCAGUCAGCUCUUUGGUCUUGCCCAUGGUAUUGGAGUGGUUUCAGUGGAAAAGAAUGUUUGUGUGACAGAUGUCUUUUAUGCAGGUGAGUUGAGAUUAAGACUACUUUCUUGAAGGAACAGGACUCAUUUGUGUGUUUCAUGGACACAUAACCGCGCUGUGGACAUCAGAAUGUUUGCUGGUUGCUAGGGGAAUAAAUACUUAUUUCAGUUACACAUUCUUUUCUAACCUUUGUUUUUUUUCUGCCUUUUUUAAUAUUCUGCCACUCUGUUAAAAUCAAUCUACCAUAAAAUGAUGUACUGUUCAUAUCUUUGUAAGGGGGGGAAACUUAAUAAAUCAGCAGGUGAUCAAACACGUAUUUCCCCCACUGCUCAUCAAAGGCAUGCACACGUUUGCGGUUCCCUUUCAAUUCAGAAUAAAAUUCCAAUUCUGUUUUUUGGUAUUAAAAUUCUAUGGAUACAGCAAAUGUGAGUAAAUGUUAGCAGAAACAAAGCCAGUGUGAUGUUUACACGGAAAAUUGACUUGGCAUGUGGUGAUGAUGCGUACAGAUGGCAUGGAAUGGGGGAUUGUUGGACAAUACGUAGCGCAGUAACAUUUUACAUCUAACCCCUUUAGCAAUUUUUUAUGAAGUUGUAACAGAUGUAGACUUAAUACUAAAAAAGUGAUGAUUCUGUACUAGUUUUACAUGAGCUUUGUCUUGAUCACUUUCUUUUGCGUUCUUUUAUUUGGUGUUAUGUAAUUCUACUACUAUAGAGUAAUUUGGUGUCAAAGAAAUGUACAGUUCUGGUCAGACGUUUACGUUUAUUUUGCUACCUAAUGCUUUAGUUUAUUCUCUUUGCAGGAUGAAAUGAUUUUUAAAAACACAAGUGAGCAUGUAUGUAUCCUUUUUGAAAUUCGACAAAAAGGAAAAUUAAUUAAGAAUUGUGCCCCAGUUCUUGUUUUUAGAAAUCAGUGAAGAUGUACAUGUAUUAUCAUUCCAUCCUGCAAAAAGAACAGUUCAAAUCAAUCAUUAAGGGUGAUGAUGACUGUAUGUAAACUUGUGACCUCACCUGUAUAUCCUUAACAAAGUUCAUUUCAAGUUGAUAGUAAACUCAAUGCUUGUAGAUACAGUAUGUGUAUAGGCAGUGUUUCAUACAUGCGUUGUAUCGCCGCACAGUAUUCCCUUCUGUAUGUAAAAUACAUGUACAGGUGAUAUCACUGAAAAAAUGUGCUUGAAUUGAUCAUCUACUGUAGCUGAUAAACUGUAUUGUAAUAUUUGCUGUGGCGUCAGUCUUUGGAGUUCCACUCAAGAAACACAUACUGUAAUAUUUUCAACUACUGUAUGUCCAAGGUAACAAUCUGCAUGGUCCUGCCUAUAAAUGUAUGUGGCUUUUUCACUUUGCUACUUCAACAAUAAAGAUGUGAAAUAUGUACUGCUCUCCACUUCAAAAUUAAACUUAAAAUUAAUACAAAUUUGAAAAAUUAAUCCAAUUUCUAUUAAGUUUAUUUUUCCUAAUAUACUCGUAUGUACACGUGUAUGUAAAAAUUGUUUACAAUUGUACAUUUUCAAGAUCUUGUAGACAAAUGCUUGUAAUCUUAAUAGUAUGCAUAGAAAAAUUGCGUCACUGGAGGGCACGACAGUGAGAAUGCCUGACAGAAAAUGAGAAUUUAAUUUCUGCCAAUCCAGAGGCCCCGCCCCUGAUGUCCACGCGAUGCUGCAGAGUCCUGUCAUCCAAGACACGCCCACAGCACCCAGGGCCUUAAGGAUAAUAGGUUAAUUGAUUCAUUG